AUGCAGAGUUCAGAGGGUGGAUCAGACUCAGCAGCUUCUGUGGCUCUUCACACUUCUGCAUCAGCCCAAGCUCCAGUAGUGCAGCCAGUGCCAGCGUCUCAGCAGAGGGUUUUGGUCCAAGCAGCAGGCUCCGCUCCCAAAGGAGCGCAGAUGCAGCAAAUCUCUGUUCCCAGAACACAACAGGUGCAAUCCGUGCAGCACGUAUAUCCCUCCCAGGUCCAGUAUGUGGAAGGAGGAGAAGCUGUUUAUACCAAUGGAACCAUACGAGCUGCCUACUCCUACAACACCGAAGCUCAGAUUUACGCCCCCAGCAGCGCAGCAUCCUAUUUCGAACCGCAGGGAGGUGGAGCUCAGGUGACUACAGCGGCAUCCUCUCCUACAGCCAUUCCCUCUCACAACAUGGUGGGCAUCACCAUGGACAUUGGGGGAAGUCCGAUCCUCUCCGGCUCGGGAGCCUAUCUCAUUCAUGGGGGGAUGGAAAACACUAGACAUUCUCUGUCACAUACUUCACGCUCCUCUCCAGCAACGCUUGAAAUGGCGAUUGAAAACCUACAAAAAAAUGAAGGGAUUACAUCACACAAAAGCAGUUUGCUCAACAGCCAUCUCCAGUGGUUGUUGGACAAUUAUGAGACAGCGGAAGGUGUCAGCCUUCCCAGGAGCUCUCUCUACAACCAUUACCUGCGGCACUGCCAGGAGCACAAACUGGAUCCAGUGAACGCCGCUUCCUUCGGAAAACUGAUCCGCUCAGUGUUCAUGGGGCUGAGGACUCGCCGUCUGGGAACCAGGGGAAACUCCAAAUAUCAUUACUACGGGAUCCGUCUAAAGCCAGAGUCUCCGCUGAACCGUUUGCAGGAGGACACCCAGUACAUGGCAAUGAGGCAGCAACCCAUCCACCAGAAGCAAAGGUACAGACCAGUGCAGAAGAUGGAUGGCAUGGCAGAGACUGGCUCCAAUAGUAACCCACACACUACCCCGGAGCAAUCGGUUGCUGCUCAAAGUCAACAUCAUCAGCAAUUCAUAGAUGUAACCCAUGUCUUUCCCGAGUUCCCAGCCCCUGAUCUAGGGAACAUCCUUUUACAAGAAGGGGUCACCAUGAAUGAUGUGAAAACUCUGCAGCUUCUUUACAGGCGACACUGCGAGGCAACUUUGGAUGUUGUAAUGAAUCUUCAAUUUCAUUAUAUUGAGAAACUGUGGCAAUCCUUCUGGAGUCCUAAAACACCAUCUAGUGAUGGCUCCGCUGCUCUGCCAUCCAGCGAAGAAGAACAUGAAGGGACCCUCCCAAAAGAUAAGCUGAUCACUCUGUGCAAAUACGAACCCAUCCUCAAAUGGAUGAGAAGCUGUGAUCACAUCUUGUACCAGGCCCUGGUGGAGAUUCUCAUCCCAGACGUGCUCAGACCGGUGCCCAGCACACUUACACAGGCGAUUCGUAAUUUUGCCAAGAGUUUGGAAGGGUGGCUGAUGAACGCAAUGAGUGAAUUUCCCCCCCAGAUUGUCCAGACCAAG